CAGUGCUGACGGUUGUUAUUGUCGCUUUUUUGUCAUUGCUCCGUGUUCUUUGGACUCGGGCAGCUGCAGACUGCGCGAGAUCCUCAAGGAGGGCACUCAGAUGGGAUGUGGAGUUACCUGCGGGGUGUGUCUGCGCCGCCUCUCGAGCCCUCCCUUCCUGUGACACCUGAAAGGGGGGGCGAGCUCUUCCCUAACUCGAGAGAUAAUUCAGCAAAGUUUGGUUCAUAAAGAAUGGGCAGAAGAGGGAUAGUUUUCCAGGUAUCCAGGCAAAACUGGCCUUAGAAGAAGAUGCCUAGCGGGAAUUUAGGAACCUCACCGAGGCACCCCCCAGCUGUUAAACUCAAAAAUUCGUUUGCCUCCUGGGAAAGAACUGUAACGAGAGGACGCGUUUUAUUCCCCAAUGAGAUUCUGGGAGAAGUAACAAAUGUUUAAAUGCAACAGUAACGUUCUCCACAUUAAUGUGAGAUUUUUUUUCCCCCAGAAAUACAGUAGUUCGGCUUUAGUUUGUAUUGAUAUUGAGAGAGACGAGCUCCUGAUAAAAAUUUGCUCUUGACUCAUGAACUUGUUUCUAUCAGUUUGCUUUCUUACUUCCCCAAAACUUCGAGAGGAAGUCCUAAUGUCUGUUGAACACAGACAUCAAAAUUCUUACUAUAGCUAAUUUGGAUCAUAAACAAUCAAACGAAUGGGAGCAAUUGUGGCCUUGAGAAGUGCAGAAACAUAGGUUACAUAUGUGGAUAAUUUGCUAAAACAUCAAGCUAUGCAGAAAAGCCUCAAGAGGAACAAUAAUUCAAGAGUUUCUGGCAUAAAAUUGAAUUCUGUGGAUGCUGAGAAGGAAAAGAAAGAGAGUCAAAAGACCUUUGUUGAACUGUUGCCUCCAGAAGUCACUUUUAAAAUUUUCAGUCAGCUGGACAUUCGGAGUUUGUGCAGGGCUUCCAUAACUUGCAGGAGCUGGAAUUACACAGUAAGAAACAGUGACUCCUUAUGGAAACCUCAUUGCUUGACCUUAAGAGCUGUGUGCCAAAGAGAAGUAGACGAUGAUCUAGAAAGUGGAUAUUCCUGGAGAGUAAUACUACUGAGGAAUUACCAGAAGAGUAAAGUGAAACAUGAAUGGCUAAGUGGCAGAUACAGCAACAUAUGUUCUCCUCUUAGCCUACCAGAAAAAAUCAUGUACCCAAUGGAUGUAGAUACAUGGGGGGAAAUUCUAGAAGCAGAACUGGAAAGAUAAGCUGAAAAAUUACAAACACAUCUUGUAACUUUGAGAGUUUAAAACUAAAAUGACUCUUAGGUUUGUUUUUUUGUUCACCUUUUUAAUGUUUAACAUUCAAAAGAAAAUAUUAUAAAAGUCCAGCUUUGUUUUUAUUCUGCACUUUCAUAAAAAUUCUGGCUUUACUGUAAUGCAGAAAAAUCAUGAUAUGUUAUUUAUGUAAGAAAUACUAUACUGAUAGAGUGUUUUAAAUGUAUUGCUUCAUGUAUUUAUAUUAGUAUAUUGCAGUACUCUAAUGACAAACGAGUUUGAUUGGUAUUUCCUGCUUAAUGGUAAUUCAAAAAUUCAGGAAACCAUAUGAAGAAACUGAUUAGUGAUUCAUUAAGUAGUAGACAUAACUAGGCUUAUAACUAGAAGUAGAUAUAAUUAGGAAGACUACCUAAAAUGAAAUUAAUAGUAACAUGUUGAAAUGUAGAAUAUAAUGUAUAUUUUGAUAACUUUGAAAUGUCCAUUUCAGUGGCAUCAGAUUGAAUUGUGAAACACUGAGCCCAUUUUAAAAUGUGCUAAACUUGUGAUUUAGUUUAAAAUUAAUCUGACUGGAAGGCUGAAACUUGUGAGAUCAUGAUACCCAUUACUUGCCUACAGACCUGGAACUGCUCUCAGGGACAGCCAUCAGCACCGCCACACUGUUUUUCUUGGCAAACGCUUUCUAACAGCCUUACAGCACCACCUAGUGUGCUACUUGUAGAUAACCAAGGCAAGGGACUUAGAUCCUUUUUGUUUUCCCCACAUUUAAAAGAAAAGAAAACAUGAAAAAAAAAAAAAAGGGGGGGAGGAGAAGAACUGUAUUAUUUUAGAGUACGCUAUAUACCUGACUUGUUUAAAUUUAUAGCUUUCCAGGAAUCUUUAACUUUUGUUUUUCUUUUUCUUAAAAGUAGAUGGUAUAGUACUCACUAUACCAGAUUGUUCAUUCUGAAUCUGUGGUCAACACCAUAGUAAAAAGUGUCUGUGAAACAUUUUAGUCAGUAUGGCAUUUUCUUCUUAAAUUGUGCUCUGUGGCACAAAAAAUAAGAAUCCGGGAAACCAGUAUUUAACAAAUAGGCACAAUAUUGGAAAGAUGCCUUACUCUAUGCAGAUUCCUUGUGUUGGAUCAAGCAGGUGAGGAUCUGUUGGAAGGAACCUUAAAGACCAGGCAUCAUUCUCUAGGACUAGUUGACAAUCCCUUUUAGAGGAAUACCUUUCAGCCACCAUUAACUCUCUUCUUGGCAAACUCUUUUGUAAAACUUAUUCUCUGGACCUGGAAACCAUCCCUAGAUUACACCAUUCUGGAUUAAGUGGCCCUCGUUAAGUAAGGUUCCCAUAGUUCUUUGUACAUACCAUUCUCAAAGCUGUCUACUACAUUAAAUUGUCAGUCUUAUUUGUCUGUCCCCCUUGCCCCCACUGCCGCUUUGGACUAUGAGAUUCUUUUUUUUUUUUUUCUUUUUUCCUAGUUUAUUUAUUUUGAGAGAGAGAGGUAGAGACACAAUCCCAAACAGGCUCCAUGCCGUCAGCUCAAAGCCAAAUGCGGGGCCCUAUCUCAUGAACUGUGAGAUCAUGACCUGAGCCAAAAUCAAGAGUCAGAUCCUCAACUGACUGAGCCACCCAGUCACCCCAGGACUGUGAGCUUCUUAAAGGCAGGGACCAUUUAUUUAUUUAUGUGUUCUCAAAACCUGGAAUAUAGUAGCUUUUCCCUAAUGAUUUGUUAAAUUAUUCCUAUGUUAUUUAUUUUAACCCUACCCAGAAUGUAUAAUAAAAAUAAUUUACAUUAUCAUUAGUGGACAAAACUGUAUUGAAAUGCAAUGUAAACCUGUAAGAUAGAUGGGAUGCUUACUAUUAAUGCUAAUAUAUGAAUGAUUGUUUUAGUCUUCUCAAAAGCUAUAAGGGAAAAAUAAGGAAAUAGAAAUGUUUUCUUUUAUGUUUUUGAAUAAACACUUGAAAAUAAACUUAACCCAAAAAUAUCA